AUGUUAUCAACUAAUUUUUGUUUUUUAUUUGUUCUUUUAUUUUUAAUUGGAAAUAUUUCAAUUAAAUCAAACCCGGUUACAACAUCUCCAAAAGAAUGCCGAGAAAAUGAAGUUUAUUUGGAGUGUGGACCAUGUAAUGAAAGACGAUGUUAUACUAUUUACUUUUUUGUUGAUCCUUGCAAAUUUAACAAAUGUUAUCCACCAGGAUGUUAUUGUAAAGAUGGUUAUGGAAGAAAAAGUUUAGAAGAUGAUACAUGUACUUUAUUAAGUACUUGUCAAAAAAAUGUUUUCUAA